AGCCAUUUUGGCUCCAACCAGUUGGGCACAAGUGUGUUUGUGUGUGCGCGGCAUCGCAUCGCGGCUAGUUUCCACCGUUGAUCCAGCGCAUCGUCCGCCUUCCAGCGAUGGCAGCCAUGAAGAAAGAGAUCAUGGACCUCGCCGCGAAGUUCGGCAAGAAGGACGAGGCCCAGGGCGCCCUGGAGGCCAUCGCCACGAUGGCUGCGGAGAAAGGCGCCUCUGCAGAGCCGUUCCUGGUCGGCGUGCUCGACAAGGUUCUCGAGGCGGCGAGCGACAAGUCUAAGAACGUCGCCGUCGCGGCGGUUGCCGCCGGCAAGGCCAUCGUGGACGCCAUGAGCCCAUUCGCCAUCGACGCGGUCAUGCCCCACCUGCUGAGCGGCCUGGGCGUGAAGUCCAAGCCUCCGACGAAGGAGGCCACGCUGAACCUGAUCUCCUCGAUCGCGGAGAAGAGCCCCAAGGCCGUCGGGUAUGCGCUGGUCACCUUGUGCGGCCCGGUGGCGGAGCUCACCUGCGACAUCAAGAAGGAGGUCAAGACUGCGGCGCUGGCAGCUAUGACCGCGAUCGCAGGCUGCACCGGGAACAGGGACUUGGAGCCCUUCCUUCCGGCGGUCGUGGAAGCGGCUUCCUCCAUCAGCAACACGCACAAGUGCGUGGAGAAGCUCGCCGGCUGCAUCUUCGUGCAGAAUGUCGAGACCCCAGCGUUGGCCAUCAUGUUGCCAGUGCUGUCCCGCGGCCUCAACGACAAGUCCGAGGAGGUCAAGCGAACGUGCUGCCUCAUCGUCGACAACAUGUGCAAGGUGGUGGAGGAUCCGGCGGCCGUGGUUCCGGUGAUGCCUAGGCUGGAGCCGCUGGUGAAGGCAGCCGUGGAGAAGAUCUCAGACCCCGAGGCCCGUUCGGUGGCCGAGAGGGCGCACGGCACCAUGUCCAAGGCUGCGGCCGGCGCAGAGCUCAAGCAGGCGACGGUGGAGAGCGCCACGGCACUGUUUGAGGCUAGUCUGGGUGGCAAGAUUGACGAUGAGGCCAGGCUGUCCUUGUCGUACAUCGCUGCCCUGGCUGCCGCCGCCACCAACAUGCGCUCGUACGACCCAGCGGACUGGAAGAAGAGCAUCGCCAUCUGUGCUCCCUACGGCGACGCGAUCGACGAGAUCCGCACAAAGAUGGAGCUCGCAUCCAAGCCCGCGGAGGAGGUCGAGGAGGAGGACACUGAGGGAGUGGAUCUGUACAAGGGCGCCUUCUCCCUUGCAUACGGUACUCUCACCCUGCUGCGCGACGCCAAGAUGCACCUGAAGCGCGAUCGCUUCUACGGGCUCCUUGGCCCCAACCAGUGCGGCAAGACGACGCUCAUGCGUGCCAUCGCCAACGAGCAGCUCGAAGGUUUCCCCAAGCGCGACGAGCUCAAGUCCAUCUUCGUGGAGCAUGAGAUCGAGGAUGAGGAGGUUGGCGUGCAGGACGACGGCUUCCCGAUUCUGAGCGUGGACAAGCCGGGGUGGUGGUGGGUCAUGCACACGUGCAACGACAUUUACAAGAUCGCGAACCCUGUGACUGAGGAGAAGGCGAAGGAGGUCAUGAAGGAAACUGGAUUCGGUUACCCUGGCGGCCCGGACCGCGCUGCCCACCUCGACAACCCCGUCACGUCCUACUCUGGCGGAUGGAAGAUGAAGAUGCAGCUCUGCGCAGCGCAGCUGAUGAACGCGGACGUGCUUAUGCUUGACGAGCCCACUGGGCAUUUGGACGUGGACAACAUCAAGUGGCUGGAGGAUUGGCUGGAGUCCUUCACAGGCAGCAUCAUCUGCACGUCGCACUUCUCCCCAUUCCUCGACAAGAUGUGCACCCACAUCAUCGAUUUCCAGGACCGCAAGCUGAAGACGUUCAAGGGCGAGAAGGGCAGGACCUUGACGCAGUUCGUCGAGAAGUACCCGGAGAAAAAGUCGUACUUCGAGCUCAGCAACGAGAUCAUGAAGUUCGUCUUCCCGGAGCCUGGGGCCAUGGAGGGAGUGAAGAGCCGAAGCAAGGUGAUCUUGAGGAUGGACAAGGUCACCUUCCAGUACCCCACCAAGGACAAGCCCACCAUCAUGGACGUCAGCCUGACCGUCUCGCAGGUCAGCCGCGUGGCCGUGAUCGGUGCCAACGGCGCGGGCAAGUCCACCGCCAUCAAGGUUUUGGUCGGCGAGCAGAAGCCCACGGAGGGCACCAUCUGGAAGGCCUCGGGCCUGCGCAUGGCUUACGUCGCUCAGCACGCUUUCCACCAUCUGGAGAAGCACAUGCAGGAAACGCCCACGCAGUACAUCAUGUGGCGUUUCGCGGGCAACGACGACAAGGAGAGCCUGGAGUUCAAGUCCACCGAGCUGUCCGUGGACGAGGAGAAGGCCCGGGCAUGCAAGUGGUGCAUCGACUCGACUACCGGCAACGUCCGGAGGUGCACUGACCCCAAGGAGGACGCCAAGAAGGCCAAGGUCGACGAGGCCGGCGCGGUGGUCCCCGACGCGUGCGUGAACCGGCGCCAGAAGAAGAAGGAGAAGACCUAUGAGUACGAGGUGAAGUGGCAGUUCAAGGCCAUGGACCAGACCACGUGGGUGGAGAAGGACAUCCUCGUGAAGAUGGGCUACUUGAAGAUCGUGCAGCGCGAGGACGAGAGGCAGGCAGCUAUGGCCGGACUCAUGACCAAGCAGCUCACGCAGCCAUCUGUGGAGAAGCAUUUGGGCGAUUUCGGCGUGGACCCCGAGUCCGCUUCCCACACCCAGAUCAACCAGCUCAGCGGUGGCAUGAAGGUCAAGAUCGUCUUGGCCGCCUCCAUGUGGCAGAAUCCGCACGUCCUCAUUCUCGACGAGCCCACCAACUACUUGGACCGCAAUGGUCUCGGAGCCUUGGUGCUGGCCAUCAAGGACUACAAGGGUGGCGUGCUGAUCAUCUCGCACAACAAGGAGUUCUGUGAGAACGUUGCCACUGAGAAGUGGAUCAUGAAGGGCGGCUACCUCCGCAUUGAGGGAGAGUCCGUCGAAGCAGAGGACGAUCAGAAGGACGGCAACAAAGUCGUUGAGGACGUCUACGACGGCGCUGGCAACAAGAUCGACGUCAAGAAGAAUGUGUCACUUAGCGCGAAAGAUGCCAAGAAGGCGAUCAAGGAUCUCGAGAAGAAGCUGAAGGACGGCAAGAAGAAAAAGACGCUCUCUGAGGAGGAAUGUUGGGAGAUCGAGGACAAGCUUAACGAGCUGAAGGAGCAGCUCUCCAAGGAGUGAUACACUGCCCCUUGGUAGCAAUUUUCCAUUGCUGCUCUCAGGCCCAAGCUCCGCGCAGGAAUCGUAAGCCGCUGGUGCAGAUUCACGACAUGCGAAGGUUUCGAUCAGAGUGCAUGGCGUUCGCAACUAGCGAGGCCGUUGGGGAUUGGCGUGAAAUGGCACGACCCUGUUCCCAACAGUGCCAGACAUGUCAUCGAGCUCAUCUGGGUCCAGAAAGUACUGCAUCUAUGUCUUGCCAUCGUCACCUUAAUUAACGUCGUCAGCAGCAUCGUCAUAUUUCAUUGCCGCAGCUUGAGCAUCCUAGCGCAAGUCUGAAGGAGAAUAGACGCAAUGAUCAGCGAGGCAGCACAUUGUGCACCAUACGGCCGAGUCAUGAGGCAGCCUGCUGUUCGGGCCCCCCGCCCCGCAGUCCUAACGGCGAGCGUAGAUCAGGUGUAGCCCCGCAGAAGUCGUGAACGAAAA